AGCGGGGGCGGUGUCGUUGUUGCCCUUUUAAGCCGCGGGGCCGACACCUCCUGCCGGUGGAGUCAGUUACAAAGGGAGCAGCCGCGCAGGCCGUCGCACAGCCGCCCGCCAAGGCCUCGGCGCCCCUCGCCAUUUUCCAGCCGCGAUCCGACCCAGGUCGCGGCGGCAGGGAGAGGCGGAGCCCCGGGAGCGCGGCCCGGGCCGUCCCCGCGGGGCGGUCGCGGCCGUGACGGCGGCUCUGGGCCCGGCUCCCCUUCCACACCCCUCCCGCCGGAGAUGAGGGGAAGAUGUCUGUGUCAGGGCUCAAGGCCGAGCUGAAGUUCCUGGCGUCCAUUUUCGACAAGAACCACGAGCGAUUCCGCAUCGUCAGCUGGAAGCUGGACGAGCUGCACUGCCAGUUCCUGGUGCCGCCGCCCGCGCCGCCAGGCAGCCCGCACUCGCCGCCGCCGCCGCUCACCCUACACUGCAACAUCAUGGAAUCCUAUCCAUCUUCUUCACCAAUAUGGUUUGUGGACUCUGAUGACCCAAAUCUGACAUCAGUUCUGGAACGUCUAGAAGAUACUAAGAACAACAAUUCGCUUCGUCAGCAGUUGAAGUGGUUGAUAUGUGAACUCUGCAGAUUAUAUAACCUCCCUAAGCACCUGGAUGUUGAGAUGCUAGAUCAGCCACUACCCACGGGUCAGAAUGGGACAACGGAAGAAGUGACUUCAGAAGAGGAGGAAGAGGAAGAGAUGGCUGAAGAUAUAGAAGACUUGGAUCACUAUGAGAUGAAGGAAGAAGAGCCUAUUAGUGGAAAAAAGUCAGAGGAUGAAGGAAUUGAAAAAGAAAACUUGGCAAUAUUAGAAAAAAUUAGGAAGACUCAAAGGCAAGACCAUCUAAAUGGUGCAGUGUCUGGGUCUGUGCAAGCUUCAGAUAGACUUAUGAAAGAGCUCAGGGACAUAUACAGAUCACAGAGUUAUAAAACAGGGAUUUAUUCAGUGGAACUCAUAAAUGACAGUUUAUAUGACUGGCAUGUUAAAUUGCAGAAGGUCGAUCCUGAUAGUCCUUUGCACAGUGAUCUUCAGAUCUUAAAAGAAAAAGAAGGCAUAGAAUAUAUUUUGCUUAACUUCUCUUUUAAGGAUAACUUUCCAUUUGAUCCUCCAUUUGUUCGAGUGGUGUUACCUGUUCUUUCAGGAGGGUAUGUGUUGGGUGGUGGAGCAUUAUGUAUGGAACUUCUCACAAAACAGGGCUGGAGCAGUGCCUACUCAAUAGAAUCGGUCAUCAUGCAGAUCAAUGCCACUUUAGUCAAAGGCAAAGCCAGAGUGCAGUUUGGAGCAAAUAAGAAUCAGUAUAAUCUAGCAAGAGCCCAACAAUCCUAUAAUUCCAUUGUACAGAUACAUGAAAAAAAUGGCUGGUACACCCCUCCAAAGGAAGAUGGCUAAAUGUGUUGACUGUGUAUGUUUGGACCAAUGUUGCUUUAAAGAAAAUCGUUCCAACAUGCAGACCCAAGCUUUGAGUGCCCCUGUAACAGCAGCACUGAAGACGUUAGCUAAUAGUUAUUUUAGUGGAUAAUCUGUCAACUGACAUCCCAUAUAAGUUACAGCCUUUUCAUUUUGCUCAUUUGAGGUAUCUUGGACUGAGCAAUGGGGCCUUUAUUGUAUUCUUCCUGAUAAAUACACAUACUGGUCACUUAUCUCUUUUUCUUGAAAAGUGAGAUCUGUUAAGCAGGCAAGUCAGCAUCGGUUUACUGAAGUUGCGACUUAGGGUAACUUUCCCAUAUUGAGCUCAUAUGUUACGAGGACUUGCAAUAUAUUGUUCCAUUUAGAGCCAAUAAAAGUUUGAUGUUUAAUAUUGGUUUAGAAAAUUUAAGAUGUUCUAAAUCACAGUAGCGUUUUCAGGUUAAAACCAUUUUAUGAUAUUGCCAAAAUAAUGACAGGAAACCUACUCAUUAAGUUGUUAAACUUUUUUUAUGGCUAUGUGAAGAUAUGAACUGUUUCCUGAAGAUAUACUCUUAACUGAGUUGUAUUGUACUUUUUAGGCAAAGCAAAGCAAGGCUAUGCCAAUUAAGGCUUGUAAGUAGUAAUUUCCACUGGGGCAUCCAAGUCUUGCUGGGUUGACUUGGCUUCUUGUUGGUUCAAUAUUUCUUAAGAAGAGCUGCAGUAUAGAGCUUAAAGUUAUUUAAAAUAUUAAGUCAUUUUACGUUCCCAUUUUAUUAACGGGAUGUUGCAAUCAUUUGUAAACUAAUAAACUUAUAAAGUGAUUGGCACGAAGACUCCUUGAGCAAAAGCUGCACAGUUAAGUACAAAAAGAUAUCUAAUUUUGAGACUUAAAAUUUUUGCUAUAGUCAUAAGAAUGGCUUUUACUUCGAAAGACUAAUAGGAACUCUGCAUAUGUUAAUUCUUUUAUAAAACGUGACUCAAAUCAAUGUACUCUCCAUUUUAUUGCCUUACCUGAAUCAGUCCUGUUGGUAAUAGAUUUUUUUAUAUACCCAAAUUUGAUUUAAAAGGAAAUUCUAGUUAUUAAGCACUUUUAAAAAGCAAUCCAGAAGCACAUUUUUCUGCACAAACCAGUUACAAAGUUCAAAAGCAUUUCUUAUGCAUUUGCUUUAAGAUUCAGUUUUUAACUUUGUAAACCGUAUCCGAGAGACAUGGCACUUCAGCAUUAUUCUGUGUGUUUAAUUUCUUUUUAUUCUAUUUUGGUUAAAAAGAGAGUAGACAAAGAUUUUCUGGCAUUCUUGUUCACUUGGUUACAUUUGUAUAAAGUUUUGAUUGCCAGUUGCUCACAUCACAAGUGACAAGGCAGAAUUCUUUAAAGCAUUACAGUUCCUUAAACCUAAGGCUAAAUCUUGAAUACAUUAUUGAAUUCUUUAAUAUCCUGAUAGCUAGCACAUUGACAGCUGCACAUUUGGCAUGCUUUGUUUUUUUUAUUUUUUCAUUGCAGAUUUAUUUGGCAAUGUACAAUAAAUUUUGUAAACUUGCAUCAAGUUUAUGAAUAAAGAACCAUUUAAAAAGUAA